UGCCACUCCUCCACAAUCACAAGAACGAACACACUUGCCGGUCUCUACUAUCUUGCCACGCUUACAACAGGUGAUUAAAAUCAGGACACAGUCCCUGAAGUCACCAUACACAUUCCGUUUUCCCAUAAAUACGCAGGCUGUACAGGUGUUGUGGAAUGUGUUCGUACUUACAGUUUGCUCUCUUGCUGCUAGCAUGGCAGGCCCAGGGUUCAUCAACAGCGGUGAAAUACCAGCGGUUCUGCUACUUUGCCGGCUGGGCACGUUACCGUGCCAAUCCCGUGGCCUUCAACCCUGAGGACGUCAGCGUCAACCUGUGCACACACCUGUCUUACGCCUUCGCCGAAAUUGACGCCACCGGAACUAAAAUCAUCCCUGGAGACCCCGCGGACGAUCCAGUGAUGUACAGACGGUUUACGAGCUUGAAGAAACAGGAUCCGAACAUAAAACUGCUUCUUUCUAUUGGGGGAUGGAAUGGGAAGCUGAAAGAAUUCUCUCUUCUGGCAUCAACUGAUAACAACACUAACACCUUCGCAGGAAACGCCAUCAAAUUCUUACGUAGCCGUAAUUUUGACGGCCUUGACGUAGAUUGGGAAUUUCCGGCAACGAGAGGAGGUUCCCCAAGCGACAAACAGCGCUUCACAAGGAUGAUCCAGCUAUUACGUCAAGCUUUUGAAGCCGAAGCAUCUCAGACCGGCAAGGAUAGACUCCUACUGACCGCGGCCCUGUCCCCAACUCCCUAUCAGAUCGGCGUGUCGUACGAGCCUGUCAAACUCGCAAGUAACCUGGAUCUGAUAAACCUGAUGACGUACGACAUGCACGGGGAAUGGGAGGAGCUGAAGACGGCGGCUCACCACUCCUCCCUCUUCGGUUCGCCCACCGACAAGACCAACAACGUCGACUACCUUGCCACGUACUGGGCAAAUCUGGGCAUUCCAAAGGACAAGAUUCUAAUUGGGGUUCCGUUUUAUAGUCGGACGUACACAAUGUCUGGAGGGAGUGUGAGUGGACCUGGCAGGGCUGGAAACUACACCAAAGAGAAUGGGACACUAGCGUAUUAUGAGGUGUGCAAGAUCCUGCAGGACGGCGCCACUGGUCAGCGUAUCGACUCACAGAAGGUCCCCUACCUGGUCAGCAAGGACCAGUGGGUGGGGUAUGAUGACGAGAAGAGUCUGGCGGCGAAGGUCAAAUACGUCAUCGACAACGGCUUUGGCGGCGUGAUGGUGUGGGCCCUGGACAUGGACGACUUCAGCGGCAUCUGUGGCAAAGCUUUCCCUCUCAUGAACGCCGUAAAUCACGCAUUUGGGACUUUGAUUGGAUAAAGAAUAUUCCUACUUUGACGUUUUGUAUAUGAAUAAACUCAUUGAGCUAU